CAUUUUGCAUGCUCUAUCCAAGGAUCAUUGGUUGGCUCCCUAUUUCUCACACCACAUCCACAAUUGAAGCAUAAUGGUUGAUCACUUUUACCUGUAUAAAAGAAGCCUGCUUCUACCAGUUCUUUCCGUCGUGGUUUCAAUGAUAAAGGCCACGUCUCAAAAGAACUGCAUUCAUGCAUUGUAGUUUUCAUAUGCCCCUUGUACAGGCCCUCGACUUUCGUCAACUCCCAACUGUUCCAGUAAAGGUUUACCUAAUCAGAAAAAAAUAACAUUCUCAUACCCUAAUACACCAACAAGUCAACCAGGGAAAAAAAGAAACUAAUCGUUACCAGGGCCAGAAUUGGGUCUAAUUUCGAUGUCAUAUAAGCCGCAUUCGUAACAUAAACUGGAUUGCUGUUUGCAUUUGACGAGAAUACACUGCUUCCGGCGUUACUCGCUGUUGAUUUUCGUAGUAGAGGACACGACGGUGACCAACGCCUGUGUUCUUCCAUUGGGUUAUCUCUGGACGGUCCCACCAGAUAGCGUUUUCUCCGCACGUCACAACUUUUGACUUAUUGUCACCGUUCACCGUCGAGUUCUGUGGAGUUCUGUUCGAGUUCAUGAAGUUGGGCACACGUUGACGGUACAUUUUGUUUGAAUGGAGGUACCGCACGUCGCCGCUUUCUUCCGACAAGUUAGUUGAGAUGAAUAGUUUAUAUGAAGAAGGUGCUGGAAAGGUUCCACAUCUAGCAAAACUAGUCAACUGUGUGUCCCGAGAUAUACAUUCAAGAGAAUUCUGUUUAUAUUAAGUAUCUGGGAAGUUCAAUUGAAGAAAAGAUUGUAGUCCUCAAUGUGCUGUUCAGGGCUGUCCAUUAGUAUAGCAUAUCAUACUACAGAUAAAAGGCAGCACAUGAAUUUCCAUGUAUGAAGACCCUACCUGGGCCAAUUUAUAAAAAUGUUAACUUACCAGGGAACAACAUUCACAAUGGAGACAAAACAUUCUUACUGUUGGAGGACAGAGGCAACUAAGAGCUCUGUUCUGUAUUUUGAUACUUCUCAGUACAAGUUUUAUCUUCUACCUGGGGAAAGUGAAGUUGGAAAAGGGAGCAGAUGACGUUCCACUAAGUUUUGUUAAUCUGGAGUUAUUGAAGAGUUCAUCAAAACAUAGACAACAAAAUGUGAGAUCAGUUGAUACAAAAAGAAAAACCUUGUUGAAUUUAAUGUGUGACCUGUAUGCUAAUAAAACAGGGCAUCAUGACACAACUCUUCCGGACAAAGCGAAGUUUGAUCACAUACUUGUUGACAGCAGGCACAAACUUUUGUAUUGUUACGUACCAAAGGUGGCUUGCACAAAUUGGAAAAGAAUGCUGAUGAUUUUGACCGAACAAGUUAACACCACUGAUGCACUGGAUAUACCAGCUAAUGUUGCACACAGUCAACAUAUAUUUCCCAGAUUAAGCUCAUAUUCCUGGAAGGAAAUUCAAACAUUUCUUGAAACUUACACAAAAUUCUUUAUUGUGCGCCAUCCUUUUGAGAGGCUACUUUCAGCUUAUCGCAACAAACUUGAACAACAUCACCUAAGUUCUAAAUAUUUUCAAGUUCGCUUUGGAAGACACAUCAUUCGUCACUACAGGCAUACACCAUCUCCUGAAGCUUUACUACAAGGAAAUGAUGUGACAUUUCGUGAGUUUAUAACAUAUAUUACAAACAGAGAAGAUGUCUUAAUGAAUGAACAUUGGACAUCUGUGUACCAGCUUUGUGAACCAUGCAUUAUUGAUUAUGAUGUGAUAGGCAAGUAUGAAACUUUAAUUGAUGAUUCACAACAUGUUCUGAAGUUGGUAGGAAAACCUGAUCUGAUCUUUCCUCGUAUUAACAAGACUAGUAGCACAUUUUCUAAAUUAGGUAAAUAUUUUUCUACUCUGCCUAAAGACUUAAUUUGGAAAUUAUAUGAUGUUUACCUAAUGGAUUUUAAAUUAUUUGACUAUGAAAUUGAACAUUUUAUCUAAAUUUUACUUAGUCAAUGUUAUGUUGUUUGUAAUGAAAUGUGUUAACUUAUUUUUUGAAAAAUAAAAAUUUUUGUGAACAUUUA